AUGAACUCAGAAAGCUCAACCUCAUACGGCACCCCUCUUUUGAACUUUUCAAACUCAAAUUCUAAUCAGUCAAACAUCCUUGGUAACCCUACGCUUUACCAACGACCAAACAACCAGUUAGAACUUCCAGGAGACAGACCCUCGCAUUUUGUGUUAAACAGUAUGGCUUCCCGCGGUUGGCCUCAUACCAAUGUUCCAACAGAAAUCACAAGGGACUUGAACCACGAUCCUCAUCCUGGAACCAAACCAAUAUUCAGCUCACAGAUCUCCAGCUUUCAUCAAGCUCUACAAAACCGGCAACAACCGCUCCCCCCUGGCAUCCCUCUUCCAGGCAACCUAGGAAAUCAAUUCAACCCAGUAAACAUCCAACACGCGCAAACAUUACAAUUUCAGCGGAACUUGGACUUCAAUGGCCUCAACCCUCACGGGAUCCACUCACAAUUCCACCAACAAAACCCACUCAAUCAAGUAGGACAACUCCAAGAAAUACCCACACGAAACAGCCAACAACAUGGGCAACUUCAACCAAACCAAUCAACCUCGCCAUCAAGACAUGUCCCGCCAGUUCGCAGUGCGCAGCAGCUGGAAAGUGACAUGCUUGCUGAAAUUGCUGACUUCAAUGCAGCUACAUCUGGUGCGACGCGUGGAACUAGAGGUCGAGGUCGGGGCAGUGGCAGUAGAGGAUCUAGGGGCAGUCAAGGAUCUAGAGGUGGCCGAGGCCAUGGUGGGAAGUCUAGUGUCUUUGGUGGAGCAGCACCAGCAGUUGAGACCCAGGCCCUCCAGGAUCCCUCUCUAAUGACGAUUGGGGAAUUCACAGACUACGAGAACAACAUUGAAAACAUUCUAUUUGAGGACGAUAAUCCCCAUUCUGGAGCCAGUAGGCAGCAGCUUGAACCAGCAAUCAUGGAGGAGCUGGGUAAAGUGACGCUGGACGACCUGCGACGGCGUGCUUUGAAAUACGCUCAUUAUCAUCGCCUUACCUCUGAAGACCGGACUGAGUUGAAUCAGGCAUACUUUGCUUAUCAGCGUGAAAUCUACCUCCUCAUAUGCAAACGAAAGCUUCAUGUCAACCCUCCGCUAGAACAUCUGGGAUUAUUAACUCGAAUUCGGGGGGCCAUGAACUACAUCAACUAUUGUAGGACUAUUGGUGGUGCUGAUGAAGAUCUGGAAAGCUCACAGGAGGCUAAUGAUACUGGACGGAUUGUUGUGUGUGUUGGUGCAAAAAGGCCUCAAAAGAAGAUGGCAGCUAAGAAGACCAAAGCGACCAAAUCUAAUCCUACGACUAAUCACCGAGCAAACAGAGCUAGAGCCAACAAGAAAAAAAAUACUGGACAUACAAAAUCUAAACGGAAGCGGGUAGUCAUUGAAGAUUCGGACACUGAGGAAGACAGCAUCCCAAUUACCAAUAAUCCCAAAAAGAAACAGAAACAUAUUGAGAUUGAGGACGAUGGUGGCUCAUUGGAAUCCUUUGAUGGUAGUAGAUUAGACAAUGACAAUGUCCUUACUGGGGAUCCAAUAAACAUCUGA